GGCCAGCAAUUGUCCUGAAUGGUUUUUUAUUCACUUGGGCGCCAUACGCAUCAAUGCCAUCUCCGCUGGUAUUUAUACCACAAAUUCAGCUGAAACUGUUCUGCAUGUUCUGAAAACAUCGGAUGCCUCCGUGGUGGUAGUGGAAGAUCAAAAACAAAUGGAGAAGAUUAGAGCUAUAAGGUCACAAUUGCCCAAUUUACAUGCGGUGAUUCAACUAAGAGGGCCUUACGAUUUUGGGGAGGAGGAUAAGAAAAACGGCUACUAUCGUUGGUCUGAUUUAGUUGAAAUGCAUUAUGGCCAAGAUUUGCAAGGCGAGCUGCAUUUGAGAGAAAAGUCACUGGCGCCCAACGAGUGUGCUUUACUAAUAUUUACGGUAAGCCUUUUGUUAUAGGUUAAGCGAUUGAUUUUUAGUUGUUUUCUUUUAGUCUGGCACCCACUGGCAUGCCUAAGGGCGUUAUGAUCUCUCAUGAUGCCAUUUUGUAUGCAGCGCAGGCUGCCAGUAAGGUCAUACCCAAUCUCAAACCUGGAAAUGAGAUCAUUCUCUCUUAUCUACCACUGAAUCACAUUGCCGCCCAAUUUUUGAUAUCUUCAUGCCCAUGGCCAUUGGAGGUCAAGUCUUUUUUGGCGAUGGUGAUGCCUUAAGAGGAUUCCUGGCCAAAGCUUAUAAGAGAAGUACGACCCACAUUGCUAUUGGGAAUGCCAAGGGUUUUUGAGAAACUACAAGAAAAAUUAAUGGAUAUCGAGGCAAAUAUUGGAGGGUGACUAAGACAGCAAUGGAAAUGGCCAGAACAGCAAUGAUGCAACAUUAUCUGAGUGAUGCAAAGGGCAAACCUACUCUCAGUUACUGUCUCUACUCCUAUUUGGUUAAACAAUGCAAAAUAAACCUGGGUCUGGAUCGUGUCAAGAGUUGUUUCAUUGGCGGUGCUCCAGUAUCCCGAGAACUAAAACUCUUCUUCUCAUGCAUAGCCACACCUUUAAAUGAAUGCUUUGGCCUAUCCGAGUCAAGUGGCAUAGUGUUUUACAAUUUCCAGCGCAACCUAUCGAAUGCAGCAGGCAAACCCAUAGGAGAUAUAGAAGUUAAAAUUCGCAAAAUCAAUGAUUCUGAACAAGGAGAGGUUCUAAUGAGGGGCCGCAUGAAUUUCAUGGGUUAUCUAAAAGAUCCAGAGAAGACUAGGGAAACUCUCACCAAAGAUGGUUGGAUACACACUGGUGAUUUGGGCCUAUUGGAUGCCAACGGAAAUUUAGUUAUAACGGGACGCAUUAAGGAGUUGAUUAUCACAGCAGGUGGAGAAAAUAUGCCUCCAAAUUACAUAGAAGCUCUUAUAAAAAAAGAGUUACCCUGUCUCAGUAAUGCCAUAGCAAUUGGAGAUCGUAGAAAAUAUAUAACAGCCUUACUGACUUUUAAGACCCUCACCGAUCUUGAUACUGGUCUUCCCUUAGAUACUCUGCUUCCCGAAACCCUCGAUUGGUUAGCUUCAUUAGGCUUGCAUUACUCUAGCCUAUCGGAAAUGUUGCAUAUUCAUUUACCUGAAAAUCUCAGGGACUUUGAUCCAAAUGGUGUUCAAGUUAAGAUUGAUGAAAAACUGGAGAAAGCUUUGGAAAUGGGUGUAAAAAGAGCAAAUCAGUUGGCCAUUUCCAAUGCUCAAAGGGUACAAUAUUUUUCAGUGCUACCACAUGACUUCUCAAUACCCACUGGCGAAAUAGGUCCUACCCUUAAAAGCCGUCGGCAAUUUAUUGAGAAGAAAUAUGCCCCCAUAAUUGAUAAGAUGUAUAAGAAAUGAAACCAAUCGUG